UCCUGGGUACAGAGUGCAAAGGUCAGGACCAAGACGACAGGAUGCUGCUUCGAAUCUUCACCUCCAGGGUUAGACAUUUUAACCUUCGUCCAACCUUCUACCUCAAGAAUACCGCACUUUUUCCUCAAAAUGGCUUCUACUUCUCCUCCUCAUCAACUCAAGGAAUCCCCGUCUUCCUCAAAGCCCAGAAAUACGCCGACAGAACGGCCAUCAUUGACAGAAACGGGUCACACUCGUACCUGGACUUGCUCCAACAAAGUUGUCUCCUCUCGCAGAGAAUCUCCUCACUUCUGGGUACCAGUAACGACGUCAGGGGGGCAAGGAUAGCCUUCCUGUGUCCCAAUGAUGUCUCCUAUGUCAUCUCCCAAUGGUCUACUUGGAUGAGUGGCGGUGUGGCCGUCCCUUUAUGUAAAACUCACCCCGUGCCGGAGUUGGAAUAUGUCCUCUCAGAUUCCCAAUCCUCCGUCCUCCUCUACACAGAAGACUACGCGGAUAAAGCCGCUAUCGUAGCCGAAAACUCGAACGUCAAACCUCUCCUGUUGAAGAGAGAGAACUAUAUCCAGAAGGAGAAUAAAGAGUUGGAGAGUAACGCGGGAGAAUGUGUGGACAUCCUUUUGGAUUUGGGAAGUCGAAGUUGGAGGGACAGAGACGCGAUGAUAAUCUACACUAGUGGCACCACGGGAAGGCCCAAAGGUGUGCUGACCACGCAUAAAAACCUGCAGGCUCAGGUGGAUGGGAUGGUUGAGAGCUGGGAGUGGUCUCCCACGGACGUUCUGCUGCACGUCCUGCCGCUGCACCACGUCCACGGGGUCGUGAACUGCCUGAUGUGUCCACUGGCGGCGGGGGCCAUGGUCACCAUGAUGGAGCAGUUCAGCGCUGAAAACGCGUGGAAAGCCCUACUGAGUGCCUCCCUGCUGUCCCAGUGGUCUGACUCAGUCUCCCCGCGGAUGAACGUGUUUAUGGCAGUUCCCACCGUCUACGCGAAGAUGAUCGAACACUACGACAAGCACUACACCAAACCUCGCGUCAGGGACUACGUCAGGGCAGUGUGCAGGGAGAAGGUUAGACUGAUGGUGUCCGGUUCGGCGGCCCUCCCCCAGCCUAUCAUGGAGAGGUGGGAGGAGAUCACGGGACACCGGUUGCUGGAGCGCUACGGCAUGACGGAGGUCGGCAUGGCGCUGUCCAACCCUCUGCACGGGGACAGGCGCGCCGGAACUGUGGGUAAGCCCAUGCCUGGAGUAGAAGUCCGUAUAGUCCAGCAGACCAGUGCAGCCGGCUCACAGGACAGGACUGUAGUGGCUCAGGGGAACCACAGUUACACACAGGUUUUCCCAGGACUUGAAGAACAGGAAGGGGAACUGUUAGUGAAGGGACCAGGUGUGUUCAAACAGUACUGGAACAGGCCAAACGCCACCACUGAUGCCUUCACUCAGGAUGGCUGGUUCAAGACAGGUGACACUGCGGUGUUGAGAGACGGCUACUUCAGCAUCCUGGGUCGCACCUCUGUCGACAUCAUCAAGAGCGGUGGCUACAAGAUCAGCGCCCUGGAUGUGGAGCGCCACCUGUUGGCCCAUGACGGUAUUGCAGACUGUGCAGUGGUGGGGGUUUCUGACAUGACGUGGGGUCAGCGUGUUGCUGCUAUACUGGUGCUAAGGGAAGGUGCUAGCUUGAGCCUUGGAGAACUGAAACACUGGGGUAAGGACAGAAUGCCAAGCUACAUCAUCCCCUCUGAGAUUAAAAUUGUACCCAUCUUACCGAGGAAUGCGAUGGGAAAAGUCAACAAAAAGGAUCUUCUCAAAGAGUUUUUUUCUGAAGCAGCCAGCUAAGGUACAAUUUCUGGUCUGCUAUAAUAA